UGUCCUGGAAAGCCACAGCUUGAAAGCAACUAUCCAGUAUGCCUCCAUCCAGCAGAGCAAUCAACAAUGCCCUGAGGAGGUACGACUCUUUUGUUCUAAACACAUGUUCACACCGCAUCAAUGUCCGGAGAUGCUUUGCUUCGGAGGCCUCACCGCCGACGGCGUCGGGGAAGAUAGCACCAUUAGAAGGCAUUCGUGUGCUUGAUAUGACGAGGGUACUGGCUGGUCCAUACUGUACGCAAAUACUCGGCGAUCUAGGGGCAGAAGUCAUCAAGAUCGAACAUCCUACGAGAGGCGACGACACGAGGGCUUGGGGACCGCCAUUCGCGAAGUACAAGGAUGGUGCUACAGCCAAGGGAGGUCGUGCUGGGGAGAGUGCAUACUUUAUUGGCGUCAAUCGCAAUAAGAAAUCCGUGGGUCUUUCGUUUCAACAUCCAGAUGGGAUUAAAAUCCUACACGAACUGGCGAAGACGUCGGACGUCCUCGUUGAGAAUUACAUUCCCGGCGCACUAAAAAAGUAUCAACUAGACUAUGAAUCAAUUCGCAAGAUCAAUCCUCGCUUAAUCUACGCCUCAAUAACAGGAUAUGGCCAGACCGGCCCCUACAGCUCUCGCGCGGGCUACGAUGUGAUGGUCGAAGCAGAAAUGGGUCUGAUGCACAUCACCGGCGAACGCGACGGAUCACCCGUCAAAGUCGGCGUCGCGGUUACCGACCUCACAACCGGCUUGUACACAUGCAACGCAAUCAUGGCGUCACUCCUUGCCCGUCAGAAGACGAAUCAGGGCCAGCAUCUCGACGUGGCGCUCUCAGACUGCCAAGUCGCCACCCUCGCCAACAUAGCCAGCAGUGUUCUCAUCAGCGGCGAGCGUGACGGCGGGCGCUGGGGCACCGCUCACCCAUCGAUCGUGCCGUACAAGGGCUUCAAAACGGCAGACGGGGACAUUAUGCUCGGCGGUGGCAAUGACCGUUUAUACGGGAUUAUUUGCGACAAGCUCGGCCAGCCUGAGUGGAAGGAGGAUGAACGGUUCGUGACGAACGAUGUGCGCGUCAAGAACAGGGUUGUUCUGGAGAAACUGAUCGAGGAUAUCACCGUGCAGAAGACGACGAAAGAGUGGUUGGACAUUCUGGAGGGGAGUGGUAUGCCUUAUGCGGCGAUCAACGAUGUCAAGGACACGCUUGAGCAUGAACAUGUUCUGGCUAGAGGGAUGGUCACACAGGUUGAGCACGAUGCGUGUGGGAGUGUCAAGGUCGUCAGUCCGCCGGUCAAGUAUUCGGAGAGUGUGACUGGGGUGAGGACGCCGCCGCCGACGCUGGGACAGCAUACUGAUCAUGUGUUGACGGAGGUGCUGGGAUGGAAGGGCGAGGAGGUCGAGAAGUUGAGAGCCUCGGGGGUCGUUGCGUGAGGGUCGGCGUUGAGGGCGCGAAUUACAUGCCGCAUGAAUAUAGAGCAUCGACGUGCAAAAGCAAGGAAUGAAAAGACUAUCGAUAUAACGGCGUCGGGUCUGUAGGUUGAUCAUCGGUAUUCGUCC